AUGGCGACCUCCAUGUUCAUCGCCCAUAGUUUCGUUUCUGGCGCGCAUGUCAUCCAUGAUGGAGCGCCUGCGCUCCCUCGGCCUCUACCGCUUCCGCUCCGACGACUUCCCUCCCGAGUACAACUACAGCCACCCCGCCGCCAGCGACACCGUCGGCACGAAGCAACAGUACAACAGGAGCAUGUCCAAGCCGGUCGCGAGGAAGCCGGCAAGCAAGACAGGCAAGGAGGCGGAGAAGGCGGCCAGGGCGAAGGUGGCGACCAAGAAGGCGGUCACGGCCGAGGUGAGGAGGCUGGAGCGCGCCCCGGUGCCGACGCCGGCUCGGCUGGUGCAGCACGCGCCGAGGGCUCCCGCGGCUCGCGCGGUGUUGACGGAGGCGAGGCGGCCGGACGUGGGGCCGCCGGAGGCCGCGUGCGUGGACGAGAGGGCGGACGACUUCAUCAACAAGUUCCGACAACAGCUGCAGCUACAGAGGCUCAACUUGCUGCUCAACUACAAGGAGAUGCUCAACCACGACGCAUAGCAGAUGCAGACCAGCACAGGAUUCAACGCUUCGAUUAG